GGUACUAAGUAUGCCAGCUUUCUUAGAAUAUACUGGAAGGUAUAUUGCCUGGUAUAUAAAAAAGCAACUAGUAGUAAAAUAGAUAGCAAAAUAAACCGGAGCAUAUAUAAGGUGCUAAGAAAAUUAGCUAAAAAGUAUAACCUAAAAAAGGUAGGGCGAGAUAAGGCCUGUAUAUAUAUAGAGAAUUAG